AGCGAGAGCGAGAGCGCGUGGGUGUCCGUGUCUUGACAGUUGCUCCACCUCCACCGCCUUGAACCGAAGUCGCAGUUCAGUCUCGGCGAGGUGGUUUCUCGAGAGGAAGCAGACGGGAGGCGGACUGAGCUCAAAGAGGAGAAACACAGAGGGGGGGGAAAAAAGAAGAAGAAAGAAACUACUGGCGAUGGCAGACAACAAGAUGGGCCCGAACCUCCAGGCUGGAGCUGGAUUCCUCGCCAAACGGGUCCAGAAGUCCCUGAAUCGAGCUCAGGAGAAGGUCCUUCAGAAACUCGGCAAAACCAUGGAGACCAAGGAUGAACAGUUUGAGCUAUGUUUCCAGAACCUCAACAAACAACAGAUCGAUGGAAGCAGGUUGUUUAAAGACGUCAAAGCCUACUAUACAGCAGUGAAAGCUGUGCAUGACACGUCCAAGCGAAUGUCCCAGACGCUGCGAGACAUCUACGAAUCAGACUGGAACGGGGUGGAAGACCUUGCUGUCAUUACAGAAAGUGAAGACUUGCUGUGGAACGACUUUGAAGAGAAACUGAAUGACCAGAUUGUCCGCACAAUGGAGAACUAUACAGGCCAGUUCCCUGAGUGCAAGGAACGAGUUGCUAAACGAGGUCGCAAGCUGGUGGACUAUGACUCAGCACGACACCACCUGGAGGCCCUACAGAGUGCCAAGAAAAAGGAUGAAGCCAAAAUAGCAAAGGCAGAAGAAGAGUUUAACAAGGCCCAGAACGUCUUUGAAGAAAUAAAUAACGAGUUGAGGGAGGAGCUGCCUGUUCUCUAUCAGAGCCGUAUAGGUUGCUAUGUGACAGUGUUCCAAAACAUAUCAAACCUGAGAGAUGUCUUCUAUAAGGAAAUGAGUGUGCUUAACCGGGAGCUUUACAAUGUGAUGAAGAAAGUGGAGACUCAGCACUCAGGAAAAGCUUUCAUUAUCAAGGGUCUGAACAGCAUGUCGGGCAAGUCAAAGAAGAGAAAGUCCCUGGUUAUCUCCAAUCCCAUCCCCUGCAAUACUGCAUUCCCAGCUGACCAUGUCUCCAUCCAUUCCUCCACCCAAAAUGGAAAAGACGCUGUGCCUUCUUCCCCUGCCCAACGAACCCAGAGCAUCUCUGAAGGAACCAGCCCACCAGAAGAGAGCAGUGUCUCAUCCAAAGAUGUCAACUCGUCAAACUCCGAUCUCAGCUCCAGCGGCACCAAUACACCCAAGAGGCAGUCAGUAUGUGACAAUGGGAACAGCGACAGGAGCACAGGGGGUCAAAGUCCAGAGGAGCUGGAGGAGGAAGCGGGAGCAGAAGCUGAAGCGGGAGCAGAAGCUGAAGCGGGAGCAGAAGCUGAAGCGGGAGCAGAAGCUGAAGCUGAAGCGGGAGCAGAAGCUGAAGCGGGAGCAGAAGCCGAAGCGGGAGCAGAAGCCGAAGCGGAAGCAGAGCUUGCUACAAACCAGUCAGAAGAAUCCAGGGUUGGAUUCCCAAAGUCAGGGGAAGCAAGUCAGGAAGUGUCCAAUCCCCCUGAUUCUGCAGAUAGUGAUGCCCCACAGAGUCCUGAGCAGGAGAAUGUUGAUGUUCCACUUUUAAAGGAGGCCAAGCCCAAACCUCCACCGGUUCCUGCUCCUCGCCUCUCCUCCCAGUUCACAGACAAAUGCCCCCUCCUACCCGCUGAGGAGCAAGAGGAGACAGAGGAAGCAUCAGUCAACCAGGAGACAGCUGAAUUACGAGAUGACUCCAGUUCCCACAGUCCACCUGGCUUCCUAUACAAGGGGGUGGCACUAGAGAGCCAUGCAGCAUCUGAAGACGGCCUGCUCCAGUUUGAACAGGGAGACAUCAUCCUGGUGCUUGCUGACACUCAAGAGGAAGGCCUGGUGAAGGGGAUCAGGGAGGAGAGCUGGAACAAGCACAGAGAUCUAGAAACGCACUUUGGGAUCUUCUCGGAAAAACUCAUCCAGCCUGUUCAGGCAGAGUGAGGCAAUAGUCAGUCUACAGCCUGUGAUACUUUCUCCUACCAUCGAACAGUUACAGUGACUCACACACACACCCACACACAGAGGGAGUGAACCCAUAUGUUUUGGGUGCAGAAGCUGUACAAACAGAUGAGCACAAGCCCCACGUGGUUACUCACAUGCUAUGAUGUUGCAACUUAUUGGACCAAAAGUGACUGAGCUGAAGAACAUUUUGUAUGUAACGUUUGGAAGAGUUAAAGUAUUUUGGUCUUUUUGUAUUUUCAAUGUAUUUCUAUGAAACACUGUGAAAUAAAAAAGCUUUUUAUAAUGACGCUUUAAUCUUUUGUAAAACUUCCCAAUAAAGUACUAUGUAUAAGAGAGGA